AUGUUAAAGUCUAAAGAAAGUAAAGAAGCUGAGAUUUAUGAAUGUUUAAGUAGAGAUGGUACAUCUUAUCUUAAAUACUUAAGACUCUUACAUUAUUAAUGAUAUGGAAAAUUUAGGUCCAUGGCAUAAAUAUGGAGGUAGCAUACAUUAAGAACUUUAAAGAAUUUCUUCAUUGUAAUUAGGAAAAUCUAUCUCAGAACAUCAUAAUGAUAAGAUAAUCAGUUCCACUAGAUAGAUUUUCUAAAUGUAAUCAGGCAGAAGGUUUUCUUAAGAUAUUAUUAAACAAACAUAAUUUCCACUUGAUGAUAAAAUUAUGAAAUCAACAUCAAUUCAUUAAGAAUCAAAAAGCAGAACACAAAUUUUUAAAUAACUGAGAUCAUCUAAACCUAAAGAUAGUUCUCUUAUUGCAACUAAAUAAGAAGAAACCUAAACUAUUAAUAUUAAAUAAGAAAAAAAUAAUGUAGGCUUUUUUGUUCAAUGCUAUCCUAAUAGAAACAAAUUUGAAAGAUCAAAAUUGUCCAACUUUUAAACUUCUAAAGAAUACUUUGAAGUAAAUAUAUAUUUAUUAUUUAAGAGAAAAUAGCAUUGAAAAUGAUGUAUGGUCUUAAUAGAGAUUAAACUGUUGAACCUAAUAAAAAUGCUAAUUCAAAUUAAAUUUUUAUUUAAUAAUAAGAAUAAUAAGAAAGAAAUUCAUAAUCAAGAGGACCUCCUAAAACAGUAGGCAGAAAUUAUUUUUAUAAAAAAGAACUUAAAUUUUAUGGGAAUAACUCAUCACAAAUAAAUAUAAAUAAAACAAUAAAUAACUCUAUUAAUUCCUAAUUAAAUUAACCUUAUAAUGUUACAAAAACAAGAAUACCAUUUAAUAAAAUUAAUAAAAAAACUGUUAUUUCAUUUGCGUCUUAAAAUCAAUUACUAGAAAAGUAAUAUAAAUAAUCGCAACUUUAAUAAAACAAAAUAUAAAGGAUGGUUAGUAGUUGA